AUGAGAUUGUUCUGUCUUCAUAGCUUCCAUCUUAGAUGUAUUAUUAUUUCCUUAAAAAAAUAUACAACAUGUCCUUAUUGUCAACGAUCUAUUUAUCUUGAUGAGGAUGAUGAUGCAUGGCAAAUUAGGAGAAUUUCAUCAUUAUCUUUUGAAAAAUUUACUGAUAAAGAAAUAAAGAUAAUUCAAGAAAGGGGAGCAGUACUCAUAGAAUUUACCAGACAUCUUCCAGAUAUAUCUGAUCAAGAAAAAAAUAGAUUAUUUGAUGCAUUCUCUAGAUCUAAUGCAUUUAGGAUGAAAGAACAUAAUGCAUUCUUGGAUACGUUAGCCGAUCCCAUGAAAGGUUGGGAUCUUGAUAAUUAUUGA